AUGUGGGAGAAAGAAAAGACUCACAUGCAGCCUCAAAGCCUGCCAGCCAGCCACUCCUCCAACCAGCCAACCAGCCAGCAAGCUACCCGUCCACCCACACAUCCAGCAAGCCAACCAGCCAGCCAGCCAACCGCCCAGCCAACCGUCCAGCAAGCCAGCCAGCCAGCCGUCCACCCUCCCGUCCCUCCAACCUCGGCGCGACAGUCACACCCACUUCAUGAUCCCCGCCGCAGGCUCAGGAAUCAGCGCUAUGCUUCACAGCCAACACUAACACGCCCUGCGCAGCCCCGUCUUGGACCCUAUGCAUCAACCCAGCAGCUGACCACCGCGCCCACCCGCCCAUCACCCAUCACAAGGCGAAGACAUCCCGGCAAUGACAGGCCGCCUUUAGAGGUAGGCAUCGAGCAGCGCGGCGAUCCUGGACAGUCAAGGUCAGGCCGCGGCUGUCCAAGUACAGGUUAUGAGGGUGAGAGGCGGGAUGAUGCCGAUCCAACAAUGCACGAGGGAGAAGAAACAGUCCUACCAUCCAUUCUCAGAAGAACGAGGAAAGAAAACGAGCGUGAAGAGACAGCUGGUGGAGAACACAAGAACGCAGGCAUCUUAAGGGAGAGGACCCCGUUCAAGGCCUUCCGCGAGCUGCUACUCUCCCAGGCCUUGCGUACACCCAUGUCCCGUCUUUCCAUGUCCCGACUGCAGGACAAAUAUUUUACCGAGAAACUUGUGUUAUGGAGGCCUUUGCGGUGUUGUGGGGCACUUGAGGCCGCGUGGGGUGGCGGGGGCGGCGGCGUGUUGGGAGGUGGGAUACUGCUGGAGUUUGUGUUGAGGGAGGAGGGGAAAGGGGAGGAAGGAGAGUGUCGCGCCGUGCCGUCAGGAGCGCACUGUGACACAAUUCUCAGAUGGGAGAUACUUGGCUACUUCUGA